UUAAAGUAAAGACGUUAUUGGAAGACCUACCUCUCUGUAGCACACGGUAAACAAACCGAGUAAAGCCAUUUCAUGUUUAUACAGCAGUUUGUUUCUCAUGCGAAAUAGUGCUAGUGUAACAAGGAACAGUAGUUUAUAGUUGAAAAGUUUGGAUAAAGUUCUGUAUCGCUCCUGGUUCCAGGUAUUAAGAGUGUUUUCCUUGUGACAGUGACUAUGAGUUUCUUCACACGUCCCUUCAGUCCCCUUGGCAGCAGCGUUCAGGAGCAGAGAGACCGCUGGGAAAGAAAACGCAGUCGGACGGCCAAAGAGUUGGUGCAGACAGAACAACGAUAUUGUCAACAACUGGAACUUGUAACCACUUUUUUUGUGGAGAUCUUGAAGGCCAAAGGAACCCUCAGGCGGGACACCAGAGAAAGCAUCUUUGGUCCAAUUAAAGCCAUUCAUUCAGCAAACCAAUCUCUGCUUGUCCACUUGGAAAAUGGCUACUUUGGCAAAGGCCUCGACCAGUUCUGUUCACAUUUGCACCUCUACAACACGUAUGUGGACAACAUCUAUAAUGCUAAUAAAGCACUUGGGAUCCAGCUGAAGAAAAACAAGGCCUUCAGACGCUUCAAAAAACUACAGGAAGCCCGACCAGAGUUCAAUAGCCAUAAACUAGAGGACUUACUUCAACUCCCUGUUCAUCGAAUUGAUCAGUACAAGCAUUUCCUACAGGAUUUGGCUGCCAACACAAGUCCAGACAACCCAGAGUUUGAACAGCUUGCUAGAGCGGUGACUGCAGUGUGCGAGGUGUCCCAUCGUAUCCAGGACAAUGCUCGGUGCCAUGAGAACCACCUGCAGCUGUGCCGGGUGCAGAAACUGCUGAAAGGGCGAAAGACGAAGGUGUUGGCCGCAGGGAGGUGGUACAUCCGUGAAGGCUGGCUGAAGAUAGUCCCUCCAAAAGGUUCAGAAGCGAAGCCCAAGAUGUUCUUCCUCUUCUCUGACAUGUUGCUGGAGGCCAAACGUUGUAGUCCACUGCAUCCCAACAAUGGAGACAAGUUUGCUGGCCAGCACGCCUACCCGCUGCAGGACUGCAGUGUAGAGAAGGUGUUUGGCCACACCAGGAGCCAGGGAGGCCUGCUCAGUCUAACCUUCCCUAAAGCCAAACUCCUACUGAUGUCCAGCAACCAGGAGGAUCUCAAUGACUGGUACCAAAGCCUGAGCUCAGCAGUCAGGAAGCUUCGGUCUAACCAGACAGUCGUCCAUCAAAGAGAUGAGUUGUGUCGCAGACCUCCCCACGCUACCACCGAUGACCACGACGUGCUGAGCAACAAUCCCAGCAGGAAGAGACACACGAUGAGCACUGAGACCAGUGAGCAUGCUCAGAACUGUCCAGCUGAGCACCAGGGCAGCCCCCUCAAGAGGAUGAAGCAGUGUGACGUUCCAGAGCAGAGAGCAGAGCCGUCUUCUUCCAGCUGCACCAUCCUCUGAUGGAUUUCUUCAGAUGAAACUGAACUCAUGUGGAGGCUGCACGCUUUAACGCCAGGAUGACUCGUGUUACUCAGCUUUUCCAAAUAUAUCACACAUGCAGCUGUGUCUGUGCUACUAACAACUUUAUUUUCACUGUGCCUUUUUAACACGAAGUCAGGGGAGGUUUGUAUUCUUACUGACCGCAGCUUCAUGUGCAAUAUAAGCUAUCUUCUUAAGCUGCUCAGCACAUAUCUGAAGAGUGUUUCACUGUGAGCCAUAGAGUUAUCUCCUUACAGUACAGUGCAAUUAUGAGUUUGUUUCUACAGUUCCUUUUGUGCGUCAUACUGCAUGGAUGCUGCUUUCUAAUCUUCAGUAAAAGUACAAAGAUUCUGUUUGGAUAGGAGCUGAAAUAAGGGAUACAUACAAUAUGUGGGAAAAUGAACACCUUUUGUGGCAGGUAAAAUACACAGGAAAGCAGUAUGAGACUUUAUUUGUCAAGCUUUUCACUCUCCAAACAUCAGAGCCAUAAACAGGGAUGAUUCUGGCCUUCAUCUGCCCUCACUGACUGAAGGAAACAGAAACUGUUGUUGUCAGAUCUAAGUGCUCAUCACGGACGAAGCUCCAAAACAGCCAAUGUUUAAUGUGUGUAUAUUGUAAACCAGGGGUGUCAAACAAACGGCCCAUGGGCCAAAACCGGCCCGCCAGAGGAUCCAGUCUGGCCCACAGAAUGACUUUGUAAAAUGUAAAACUUCUAAGUACAAUUAAACUUAAAAUAAUUUAACGACCUUGUUUUAGUAUUUUACUUUAUGAUCACAAAAUAAAAUGCUACAUUGACAGUAAAGUUUUGUGAAUUUGUAGAUGCUUGUAAUGUGUAAAAGAUCAACUGAAAUUUAACUUGGUUUCCUUCAGAAAUUACAGGAUGUUCGUAUUGUUUCGUAAAAAGAACAUUUUUUUGCACUAAAACAAAGGGAAAACUUCAGAGUUGUGGUUAUUAUGUUGAACUAAGAUGAGUUUGACACCCCUGAUGUAAACAAUAUAAACUAUAUGAUAUGUUUCAUCAUGAAAAUAUCUGGAGUGAAAAGUGUAAAUGAACCAAAAAUUAGUGAAUAACUUUUUUUGUUUUUGGGAUCAGGGUGAAUAUGAAAAUGUUUUUUAUUGAAUGGCUCUAAGUCUUUCCAGAAGCUUAUUUUUUUAUACAAAUGCCUUCUGCACCGCCUUCCAACCAAUAACUGGCGUUGAUGGAGUAAUAUGUCAUCAGUGUGGAAUUAUUUUAGAACUUGUUGGUUCAAUAAUGCAUGCAUGCAUUUCUGUGUUUCUUUACAUGAUUAUGUGUUUGAUAAUAAAUACUGACGAUAAUCACACAGAUCAGAGUAACAAUUGUCCAGUUGUGCUUUCAGACAGCCCACUGUCUGUCUGAUAACUGUUGAUGACUUCUUCUUAGCACACUCACUCCUCAUCACAGCCUUAGAAUGUCUGUUUUGAUUGAUGGCCUGACUGCCAAUCAUACGGUUGUUAUUCUGGUGAUUAAUGAUGAUGAACUGAAUGAGUGCAUUUGCUGAGCUGCAGUGGAUUCUAGAGAAGGUAAUCUGUUGUAGAGUUCUGUGAAUGACGUGCAUCCAGGCAAGGAAGCCUGGUUAUGACGUUCUGUAUGCUAUCUGUCCUGUUUGUCUUAUUACAUAUUAUUGUCCCUGCUUCAUUGUACAUUUUAAUCAUAUCCUUUAUUAACAAAUUAAUAAAUUUUAGCCUCUCUAUUGUA